AUGGGCGACACCUCUCUCCCUCCCUCCCCCUCCACCAAUCCCGAGAACGAAUUCUGGAUAUUCGGAUACGGCGAAGACCACCGCGGCACGCCCUCCUCCCCAGGCCGCGUCGUAACCCUAAUCUCUCACUCCCACUGGCUCACCCUCCGCGAUCCGCAUUCUCUCACCCCAUCCCCCUCCUCCUCCUCUCCCCCAAAAACCUGGGGCGUCGCCUACCACAUCCCCUCAUCCCACGUCGCCCAAGUCCGCGAAUAUCUCGACAUCCGAGAAAUAAAUGGUUACACCAUCCACUACACCGAAUUUUAUCCCGCCGCCUCCUCCAACGAAACCCACCAACAACCGAUUCAAACCCUCCUCUACAUAGGCACCCCCUCCAAUCCUCAAUUCACCGGCCCUCAAGAUCCGCAGGAACUGGCUGAACAUAUCUUCCGAAGCGAAGGCCCGAGUGGUUUGAAUCGUGAUUAUCUUCUGAGUUUGGAUGUUGCUUUGGAUGAACUGAGUCCUGAGAGUGGUGAUGAUCAUAUCAAGGACCUGGCGAAUAGGGUUCGGAAGAUAGCUGAGAGGAAAGGAGGUGUAGAAGCAGAAGCAAGUCACACAGAGGAUAUAGAUCAUGAGCUCAAGAAGGUUACAAGCACAGAUGAGCAGGAGGAGACUGAAAAGUAA